GUAUAAAUAGUCGGGGAGGCCUGAGGGUAAGACACAGUUCAACUGAAACCCUCAACAUGGUAAGUAAUCCACGAGAAAGAGAGAAGGUUUCUCUGGGUUUAAUCGUGGACUCUCUCCCCAAGCAUUCUCUGCGUCUACUGGUUCUACUUGGUCUUCUGAUGGCAGCGGCUCAGGCCAGGAUCAUUGAGAGUGAAGUGGCGACGGAACAGGAGAAGGUGCCACCCGCCCAGCAGAUUGGCGCUUCCCCGGAAGCAGUCAAACCCGUGGAAGUGGAGAAACUAAAGGAAAACCUAGGGAUUCAGGAGAACCAAGUGAUUCCGGAGGAAACGAAAGGAAUCCAGGCAAACCAGGGAACCCCAGAAGUAAAGCCUGAAGUCAACCAGCAGGAACAGCAGCAGAAGGAACAGGUUACAGGUCCAAUCCUGCCUAAGGACGAGCAACAGAAGGGACAGGCAGAACAGCCAAAGGAACAGGCGGAGCAGCCAAAGGAAAAGGCAGAGCAGCCAAAGGAACAGGCAGAGCAGCCAAAGGAACACGUAGAGCAGCCAAAGGAACAAGCAGUGGAGGGGAAGGGACAGGUUAAAGGUCGCGAGAUCGAACUGGUCUUCGAGCAGCCCGGACAAGUCCUACUGCAGUACGACAAUGUGGGCCAACUCCAAGGGCUACCCAAUCUGGACAAGAUCUUCAAGUAUUCGGGAGUGCAGCAGCAGCUGAAUGCCACCGAUGCACAGUACUUGCAGCUGUUCAACAAAUUCCAGACGGCCCCCAAGGUGGAGUACGUCCCCGCACUGAACACGACGGGCGCCAAUGCCACACAGCACAUACACAAUCACACGCACUACUACCAGAGCCAGAACCAGAAGAAGCCAUUCCCCUUCCUGCCCAAUCUGUUCGAGAAGCAGGAGACGACCUAUGUGAACAGUACUAGUCCUUCGGGCAACGUGACCUAUGUGUAUGAGGAGGGAAAGCCGUCGGGAGGAGGCGCAUUUCCAUUCCCUCCACUGCCCAAUCCCUUCACCGAUUUCCCCAAGGUUGUGGGGCUCAGUUUGGUGCUGCUGCCCAAUCCCUUCUACAAGGAAAAGUCCUACAAUGCACCUUCGUCCAAUUUUAGUCCCACCGAAUCCACGAGAACUUACUUUGAGAAGUUCCGCGGCUUUGCCGACGAGUCAUCCGCCAAUCAGCAGCAGAAUCAGCCACCGAAGACCGGCAAUCGUUUCUACCUGAUCUCCAAUCCCCUGCUGAACCACGCAUCCGAGGAAGGUCGCGGCGAGAAGAACCACAACACGAAUGUCCUGCUGCCCGUGAAUCUGGCUGCCUUGCCGCUGCUGGUGCCUGCCCCAGAGACCAACCAGGAGACGUCGUCCAAGCAGGAACCGACUGUGGGACACAUUAAGAUCGAGGAUCUGCUCAAGACAUCCAAGUUCUAUGUGGGACAACCGCUGCAGUUCCCCACCGGCAAUGGCAUUGGCAUUGGCAUCGGCAGUGGACAGAAGCAGAGCCAGGAUGCAGCCAUUCGGCAGUUGAUUCUCGCCCAACUCAACCAACAACAGCAGCAGCAGCAGCAGCAGAAGCUGCAACAACUCAAGCUGCCCCUCAAGGACGAACGUCGCUCACAGGCUGCUGCCGUGCCUGUGGAGGAGGGAGAGGAGAGCUCUGUGCUGUUUGCAGUGGAGAUACCCAAACCCAUCUAUCGCUUCUUCAAGGGGAUCUUCGGAGGAUUCUCGGGCUAACUAACGGAACUUCUAAUGAACACCAGAAUGCACCAAUCAACGACCAAGGAACCCUUCGCAUAACUAGACUUAAUUAUUUCACCUAAAACUAAAGCC